AUGUCGAAGCCAGCAGUACAGGCAGCCGCUCAGAUGGUCCGGCUCAUUGUACCGGCAGGGAAGGCGACUGCUGCGCCUCCAGUUGGUCCCGCACUCGGUGCGCGCGGUGUCAAGUCGAUCGACUUUGUCAAGGACUUUAACGCACGGACGGCGAGUCUGGUACCCGGAACUCCUACGCCCGUCAACAUCACCAUCCAAGCGGACCGCUCCUUCACCUUCACCAUCCACACACCUCCAACAAUGUGGCUCGUCAAGCAGGCAGCGGGUAUCGAGACGGCGUCAGGCGAGACAGGGCGGGCCGCGCCGGUCGCGACUUUGAGCGCGAAGCACAUCUACGAGAUUGCCAAGAUCAAGCAGCGGGACGAACAGAUGCGGCACCUCCCGCUUCAGAGCAUCGCGAGGGCUGUCGCGGGGUCUUGCAGGUCGGCGGGUGUUGCCAUCGUGCCGUAG